CAAUUGUCUCAAAAAAAAAAAAACAGAAUCAGCAUCGCACGCAACCUCUCCUCCUCCCCAUUCAUGGCCAUCGGCAGGGCCGCAGGAGCUGGCCGAUUGGAUUCGGCGACCUGACGAGGGCAUGUGCGCCGAUGUUCCUCCUCCAGCUCCCAGUCACAGGCGCCGCCACCAUCGACCAGAUCUUCACCACGGCCCCUCGCACCACCUCGUCGCCGGCGCGUCCUCCAGGGCAGAGCUGUGGGAGGAGUCCCUGCGGAAGGCCACGGAGCUGGCGCAGGCCGUCGCCAACGCCCUCUUCUCGCUGCCGGCCACCGAGGGUUGCGACGGCCCCGUCGUCCGCCUCCCGCCGCCCACCAAUCGCCUACCCCGCGAGAAGCAUGUGAGAAUACUGCAUCCCGUCAUGUUCCAGCUCCAGAGUGCCGUCUAUCCGACCGGGCAUUAUUAUGUCAGCAUGAGCAUUGGGGAUCCGGCCAAGCCUUACUUCCUGGGUAGCCCAAGUUUGCUUGACUGUUUGUUGUGCAGUCCUUUAUUCUGUAACUGUACCUACACUCCCAUGGCAUGCAGUGUCAUUUGUUUCUUGUAUUCUUUUGUGCAUGUGUUGUGCUGGUUAAUACAUGGCGAGCCUUCGUCAAGCACACUAGCCUUGGUUGCAAGAGACCAACACCAUGAGCUAGCUUCCUUUCUUGCUUGGUUCACAAGUGUAAGUCAAACAAUAGCAAUGCAAGAACUAGAAUUUCACCUAAUAGAAUGUUAUUUAAAUCAUUCUGUUUUGCUUUAAGGAAACAACACAACAUAUAUUAUUCAUAGUGGAAUGAGAUGAUUUUGAUUGGAAUUUGUAGUUAAAGAAAGAGAAUAAAAUACUUUUAAUAAUAUCACUGAUUUUAUAUGCUCAGUAGAGUAGGAAGAAUUGCAAGACUUUGUAUGACAAUUCUGAAUUCUUCUCAAACUGAACACAUAGUAUGCUGAAGCAAAUGAUUUAUGUAUUGUUUUGUAGCAGUUUGGAUUAUUUUGAGAACCUCUUUUAGGAGUUUGGAAUACUCUAAGAAAUUACUGUACGAAUUGAGCAUACUCUGAGCACCACAUGUACCUGUUGCGCGCCACGACGUCUGACACAGGUCAUGUUUCUCUCCAUUCUCCUUCUCUAGCUCCCUCCCCCUAGAUUCCAUUGUGGCUUUUAUGUGAAAGAGGCUAGAUCAUGAACAUCUGCGGUGAGCUUUUGUGCUACUUUAUUUUCAGAGCGAUUACUAGUAUUGCCAAUGUCAGCAGAUACUUUAUUUAUUUUGUGAUGCACUUCGCUCAAAUUAUUUUAUUUUGUUUAGAUAUAAUUUCAACAAGUGAACCUGGAAUUGUUUGUGUUUGCAACAAAUACAUAUUUUUCUGUUGGCUGAAAUUAUGCCCCUUUUGAUCAUGUGAGGUAUUUGCUACUAGAAGUUUAGUACAACCCUAUUUUGCAAAAAAGGCACAACCCUUCAUUUUAUUUAACUUGGCAAGAAAAGUUGUUUAAUUAUCUUAAAGUUGCCUCCAAGAUGAUUAUUCAAUGCGUGCUGGAAGAAGUUUUAUCGUAAACUAUCAAGCAUUGUGAACUAAUUUGGCUUUUGUUCAUGUUUUUUAGACGCUUGGUCAGCCUCAUGUCUACUUUUGUCAGAUGUAUCAGCUGAACUGAGGCACUUCACUGAAUAUAUUGGUGGCCCAUGAGGCUCCUAGGCAUUUUUUCUGAAGAUACAUGUCACUUGAGGUUUGGAUGGAGUACGGGCAACAAUGUCUUAACUUUAGGAUCACUCUCUGAGUUCCCAAAGUCACAUACUUCCAUUUUUUUUUGCCUUUUUUCAUUGUCAUACUCUUUUGGUUAGCCUGUUGGAUAAAACAUGGUGGGUAAUACUUGCGUGGCAACAAUUAUUAUGUUCCCAUGAAAUUAACCCUUUUCUUCUUUGUUA